AAAGCUACCUGCCCACAAUUCAGCUGAGGAAGCGCUGGUGAGCACGUGGCUAUGAUUCGAGUUAUGCAGAGAAAAGUGAGACAGUGAGCCGGUGUGCCUCGAAAUUCCUUGUCGUUCACCCCGCUUUCUGCUCCCUUCAUCUCCCUUCCUUAGAUUUGCUGACAGGGCGAAAGAGGACUGCUGCAACUCUUAGGCAAAAAGGGAAUGCCCCCUCACCAUAGAAUACCCCAAUUCCUUCAUGCCAUGCACUCGUCACCCCAGUCAGUAUAGGGAUGGGUUCAGCCCCCUCCGCUUGCCUCUUUUUGGAGCCCAUGGUCGUCCGCCGUCCGCAGUCGGCCCUGCAGCCGGCCCCGCAUCCCAAGCGUUUGGGGUGCAUCGGUGCAUCCGAGGUGGUGAAGAGUUUGAUCCCCUUCUUCACCGCAUCUCGCCUCCGUGGGCAACACUUCGAGAUUCCAAUCUAUGCUUCCUUGCUGCCCGUUUGUUUGGGCGUUUCCUUAGCCAGCGCCACCGAUGCCGAAAGCAGCGCGUUGGGUUUGCUGUGCGCGUUGGGCUCGUCGAUGUCACAAACCUUGCUGAACAUCAUCUCCAAGGCCUUUACAGUAAUGGCCACCGUUUGCACUGUGCUUUCGCUGCCUCUCUUGGCCGUGUCCUACGCCAAGGACGAUGGGCAUGGCCUGGUGACGGCGUGCUUCAGCCUCUCACAGCCACCGUGCCCCACCUCAAUGAAGGUCGCGGCAAUGGCAGCGCUCGCAUAUCAUGUUGAAUACACCUUGAACUUUCUCUUCGUUGCUUUAUGCAACCCUUUGGCAUUUAGUGUCACCGACAUCGUGCGACGUUUGGGCACGAUCUGCUGUGGCGCCGUGCUGUUCAGCAAACCAAUGACCUUGCUGAACGCACUGGGCGUGGUCAUAUCUUUGGGCGGGGUGAUCACCUACACCGUGGUCUCCAGGCGCAUCGCGGAACGAGAAAGGCACCAGCAGUGGGCGGAGCACUACAAGGCAUUGAAGGAAGACGAUGCGGAGGCC